UCUACUGAGUCUCGGAGUUGGCCGUGACGCGCGGCCCUGGAUCAGACCACAUCGAUCUGAGCAGAAUGCUGCCACCAUCCAGCUCUCCGACGCCACCACUCGUGUAUGGGAAUCACUUGGCGCGACUGGCUUUUUGAGAGAAACGUCCUAUUCUUCUCACUUUUUUGCCUUUUUUAAUUCUUCUUCUUCUUCUAAAGAGACACGGUGAGCGCGGUGGAAGCGGUAGAGACCUCCGGAUCACGAAAUGUUGGGAUGGAAGGCGCAGACUGUGACUCGCCGUCUCCAACCGGAGUAUGAAGCCCUACUUCGCGGGUGUGAGAUCUCCGAGAGUGAAACUUUGUUGCCUUGGGACAUCGGGAAUACUAUAAAGUGGGAAACGGUAACCACCUCGCAGUCCCCGCAUCAUGGCCUCGGCUGCUAAUGCGCCCUCCGAGCAGGAAAACAGAGACCCCGACCGGCCGAGGGUAACGCGGAGGACCAGGGGGGACUGUACCCGCAGCACGCCGCUGGAUUUGGAGUAUUUGCAGCGGCCGAGCUACUGCGAUGCGGGCUUCGCGUUGGAGCAAAUAUCUGAGGGGAAGGCGACCGGGAGGAAAGCACCUCUGUGGCUGAGAGCAAAGUUCCAGAGACUUUUGUUUAGGUUGGGCUGUUACAUACAAAAGAACUGUGGAAAGUUUUUGGUCGUGGGCCUCAUGAUAUUUGGAGCUUUCGCUGUGGGCUUACGGGCAGCUAAUUUGGAGACAGAUGUGGAGAAACUCUGGGUGGAAGUUGGAGGGCGCGUGAACCAGGAGCUGAAAUACACACGUCAAAAGAUCGGCGAGGAAGCCAUGUUUAACCCACAGCUGAUGAUCCAGACGCCACGUGAGGAGGGAGCCAACGUUCUCACAGUGGAGGCACUGCAACAGCACCUGGAAUCAGCUCUCCGAGCCAGCAGAGUUCAUGUUUACCUUUAUAACAGACAGUGGAAAUUGGAACAUUUAUGUUACAAAUCAGGAGAAUUAGUCACAGAAAUGCAUUUAAUGGAUCAGAUUAUAGAAAAGCUACAUCCCUGCCUCAUCAUUACCCCACUGGACUGUUUCUGGGAGGGAGCCAAGCUGCAAUCUGGAAUGGUCUAUCUCCCAGGUAAACCGCCCCUGCAGUGGACCAAUUUUGAUCCAAAGGAGUUUCUGGAAGAACUGCGAGAUGCAAAUUUCCCACUGGAAAGCUUUGAAGAAAUGUUGGAGAAGGCAGACGUUGGACAUGGCUAUAUGGAUAGACCCUGUCUAAACCCUGCUGACCCUGACUGUCCCCUAACUGCGCCCAAUAAGAACACCACUAAGCCUUUUGACGUGGCGCGGGCCCUGAGUGGCGGCUGCCAUGGUCUGUCCAGGAAAUACAUGCACUGGCAAGAAGAGCUCAUCAUAGGAGGGACCAUCAAGAAUGGCAGCGGUCCCCUGCUCAGUGCCCAAGCCUUACAGACCAUGUUCCAGCUAAUGACCCCGAAGCAGAUGUUUGAGCACUUGCGAGGCUACGAGGAGGUGUCCCACAUCAACUGGAAUGAAGAGAAGGCUGCAGCUAUACUGGAAGCCUGGCAGAGAAGAUAUUCUGAAGCAGUGCUGCAGAGCAUGGCAGCAAAUUCGUCUCAGAAGGUCUUGUCGUUCACCACCACCACUCUGGAAGAUAUACUCAAAUCUUUCUCUGACAUCAGCGUCAUCCGUGUGGCCAGCGGCUACCUGCUGAUGCUGGCCUACGCGUGUCUGACUAUGCUGCGCUGGGACUGUGCCAAAUCGCAGGGGGCUGUAGGACUGGCGGGUGUCCUGCUGGUGACACUGUCUGUGGCAGCUGGCCUGGGUCUCUGCUCCCUGCUGGGCAUCUCCUUCAAUGCUGCCACCACACAGGUGCUGCCCUUCUUGGCUCUGGGUGUUGGAGUGGAUGAUAUCUUCCUUCUCGCGCACGCUUUCAGUGAAACCGGACAGAACAAGAGGAUCCCUUUUGAGGACCGUACUGGGGAGUGUUUGAAGAGAACAGGGGCCAGUGUGGCGCUCACCUCCAUCAGUAACGUGACAGCAUUCUUCAUGGCGGCGCUCAUCCCCAUCCCUGCCCUCAGAGCGUUUUCACUACAGGCUGCCGUAGUGGUGGUGUUUAAUUUUGCCAUGGUGCUUCUCAUCUUCCCCGCUAUCCUCAGCAUGGACCUCUAUCGGCGAGAGGAUAGACGGUUUGAUAUUUUCUGCUGCUUCUACAGCCCAUGUGCCAAUCGUGUGAUCCAGAUUGAGCCUCAAGCAUACCUGGAUGGUGCAGAUGGAAGUUGCUACAGCUCUCCACCAUCCUACCGCACUCCUCCUCCUUCAUAUCACACCCCUCCGCCAAGCUACAGCAGCCCCCCUCCCUCAUACAGUAGCCACAGCUUUGCCCAGCAAACGCAGAUCACCAUGCAGUCCACUGUGCAACUGAGGACAGAGUACGACCCACGGACACAAGCCUUCUACACCACAGCUGAGCCAAGAUCCCAGAUCUCUGUGCAACCCAUCAACCCUGCCCCAACGAGAAACAACGCUAGUGACUAUUACAACAACAAUGGCAGCAGGAGCAAUAAUACUAACCAUAGUAAUCUCAACCACAACAACAAUGGCAGCCGUGGAAAUCCGGGAUCUCGACAUACUGCAAACUUCUCCCAUCAUCAUCAUCCUGCACCUCCUCCUGCUGGUCCAAAUUCAACUUCUGCCUCAGUUCUGCAGUGUGAUCCAGCUCCACCAACCUGUCAGAGUGCAGAAAGCAGUAGCUCCACACGGGACUUAUUGUCCCAGUUUGGAGAAGCCUCAGUCGGUCUGCGCUGCCUGGAGCCUCCCUGCUCCCGUUGGACUUUGGCUUCUUUUGCAGAGAAACAUUAUGCCCCUCUCCUUCUGCAGCCCACCACCAAGAUGGUCAUGAUUGUACUGUUCCUUUGCCUGCUGGGCGUGACUUUAUAUGGGACCACUCAGGUGAAGGAUGGCCUAGAAUUGACGGAUAUCGUUCCCAGAGAGACCAACGAGUAUGACUUCAUCGGCGCCCAGUUCAAGUACUUCUCCUUCUACAACAUGUAUGUGGUCACGCAGAGAGCUGAUUAUUCCCAGAACCAGCCCCUGCUGCACCAGCUCCAUCAGAGGUUCCACACUGUUCGCUACGUGCUGAAGGAAGAAAAUGGUCAGCUGCCUCGCAUGUGGCUUCACUACUUCAGGGAAUGGCUGGAAGGUCUCCAGCAGGCAUUUGACAAGGACUGGGAAGCGGGACGCAUCACCCGCAACAGCUACAUGAAUGGCUCCGAUGAUGGUGUCCUGGCAUACAAGCUGCUGGUGCAGACGGGGCGACGGAACAAUCCCAUCAACUUAAACCAGUUGACUCGUCAGAGACUGGUGGAUGCUGAUGGGAUCAUUAACCCCGGGGCUUUCUACAUCUACCUGACUGCCUGGGUCAGCAAUGAUCCUGUGGCGUACGCUGCAUCACAGGCGAACAUUCGCCCACACCCCCCUGAGUGGCUUCAUGACCGUACCGACCCCAUGCCCGAGAAACGCCUCAGCAUUCCGGCAGCUGAGCCCAUUGAAUAUGCACAGUUUCCAUUCUACCUCAACGGGCUCAGGGAGACACCCCAGUUUGUGGAGGCCAUCGAGAGCGUGCGGGCCAUCUGCGGCAAUUACAGCCGUCAAGGGCUGCCUUCUUACCCCAAUGGCUACCCUUUUCUUUUCUGGGAACAGUACGUUAGUCUACGCCACUGGCUCCUGCUGUCCAUCAGUGUGGUACUGGCCUGCACCUUUCUCGUCUGUGCCCUCUUCCUGCUCAACCCAUGGACUGCUGGAAUCAUAGUGCUGGUGCUGUCUCUGAUGACCGUGGAGCUGUUUGGCUUUAUGGGACUGAUGGGAAUCAAACUGAGCGCCGUCCCUGUGGUCAUUCUCAUCGCCUCUGUUGGUAUUGGAGUGGAGUUUACAGUCCACGUGGCUCUGGCAUUCCUGACAGCCAUAGGGGAUCGUCACAAGCGGGCGGCACUGGCACUGGAGCACAUGUUUGCACCAGUGCUCGAUGGGGCCUUCUCCACCCUACUAGGAGUCCUGAUGCUCGCAGGCUCUGAGUUUGACUUUAUCGUUAGGUAUUUCUUUGCCGUGCUAGCAAUCCUAACCGUUCUUGGAGUUCUGAAUGGUUUAGUCCUUCUUCCGGUACUGCUGUCAUACUUUGGACCAUAUCCAGAGGUAUCACCAGUUGAUGGCCGUAGUCGCUUACCAACCCCAGAGUCCCCUCCACACGUCAUCCGCUUCUCAGUCCGUCCUCCUCACCUCACCCCUGCCACCACCACUUCCGGUGCAGCUUCGGAUUCAUCAGACUCAGAGUACAGCUCUAACACCACCGUCUCUGGUAUCAGUCAGGAGCUUCAAAACUACAACCUGCCCUCACACAGGGGUCAAGCUAGAGCUGAAGAGCAGCAGUACCACACCCAGACCAACAGAGGCAGAGCAGCUAGGCCAGAGGAAGGAAGGACAGCUGCAGCAGGACAUAGACGCUCAGCCACACAGCAGGACCCCCCUGCGUACAGUGUGUCCUCAUCUGUCUCCUCUCAGGGUUGUGAUUCUGGGCCACAGCCUGGGACUACUCAGCGCUACAGCAGGGAGCCCAAGAGCCAACUACAUCGGCAGGCCCCGCCCCCAGUAUGCCCGCGCAUGGACGCUUUUGAAACCUCUACUGAGACCAGGGGGCCGAAUGGCACACACGGCUCUGGCCAUAGGGAACACUCAGCAGGCCGCAGAGCCCGCUCGUCCCACAACCCACAGUCUAAUCACCACCUUCCGCACCAUCCGAACCCUGCUCCUUAUUGCCAACCCAUCACCACGGUAACAGCAUCAGCGUCCGUUACUGUGGCCGUCCACCCGGCCCCCUUGUCCAACCCAAACCCUACCGCUUCCUCUUAUCCAGAAUACACUCCAAUGUACAAUUGUUGCCCAACGCGGCCGGAGGAGCCAAACCCUGACUUCCAGGACCCUCAUGUGCCACUGGACACCCACACAGGACUCAGAGGAGCUGAGAUGGAGGCCAUGGAGCUCCAAGACUUAGAGUUUGAACCAGCUGAGAGCAGCUGUGUCAGGCAUGCUAGCUGAGUUGUGAAGAACGCAAGUGCAGUGGCCAAAGAUGGACUCCUCUGUGUUACAGAACCGCUGACCUGGCCUCCCUACGACCAGCCCAGCCGGGCUCGACCCCCAGCCUCAAGCAGCAGGACCCUCACCAGUCCGGACAUGGUGCUUAUUCUUACUGUACCCCAGUGGACUUAUGUCUUAGAUAUUUCUAUCGAUAUUUAAAAGAUGUACACGUGUAAAUAUGAACAAAACAUAGCUAUAAUUUGAGGAGUUGUACAACUCCUGGUGUUAAUAGACUGGGGCUGCCAUUUUAUAUGGUGUGUACAUGUGUCUGUAUAAAUCUGUGUGCGUGAGAGCAAGAUAGAUCUCUGAUUUACUGUUCACUCAUCUGUGGAUCUGUGCCAAUAGGAAGCUUCAUCCAGACAAGAAUACCUGACAGCAUUCAGUGUUGCUGCUUAAAAUAUUUGUAAUAAUUUACAUGUAUUAAUUCUAUGCAAACAAAAGAAGUGAUCUGUGUGUGUGUGUGUGUGUGUGUGUAACGUCAAUGUGCCCCAACAUAUCUAGCUUAUACAUCAGAAACAUCCUUAGAACAAACUAACAUUGAUGCUCAUUUACCACAUGAGGGAGAAUGUUAGCCUCAUCAAACAGGGCUCUUUAUGUUUGUGAGUGUUUGUGUGUUUGCGUUUCUUAUUGUAUAAAGGUACACGUGUUAAACUAUUAAUUUCUUAUCACAAACCUGUGGUAGUUAUGAAACAAUUACUGUUUAAGUUGACACGCUAUGCGUGCUAUUUAAUACAAGCAGAUAUGAAGAAAUUCUAAAAGCUGUUUUUUUAUUAUUUUGUUUUUACAUUUUUUUUAGUUAUUGCCUCUGCAUUGGAACCUGUUUCUGUUCUCAGCUUUGUAUUGUCUGUUACACUGCUCUCUGGUUGUAUUUUACUGUAAAAGGUUAUAUAUUGUUUAACCCUAGCAGGUUCAAAUCCAUUCAGUCCAUCUCAGAAGUGAAUGUCCUGUUCUCACCUUUGUGGACAUGCAUCCCUGAAGGACAUGGACUGUUAAGGCUGAUCUGUGCUCUGUUUACAGUCUACUUUUGUCCAAAAGUUCUAACCAUGCCUUUCAAACAGUGUAAGGUCACUGCCCACAUACUUCCAUAUGUUCUUUACAUUGGCACUGAUGCUAAACAAAACAUCCACUAGAGGGCAUUGCAGAGCCUCUUGAAAGUUUCUGACAACAUCAAACAUGGUGACAUUUGAAGAAACAAAACCAUAGACAACAGUUAUGACAUAACCAACUGGACGGGACCAUGUGAUGUUUGCAGAAACAACAGUAAUACACCUGUAGUAUACCCUUAGCAGAACCUCUGCACUUCUGGAAAACCUCUCUGGUGAUAUCACAGCAUAUCCAAAAAAGGCUCCAUACAAAUGCAAGGGAUUACCAAAGUGUGUCAAAGUUUGUGACUGAAUAAAUACAUUUUUGAACAUCUUGAAAAGUCCACUAUGGUUGAAACAAAACUGCAGCACAAAGACAGGAUAUCUCAGUUCUCCAAGAUAUAGACAAGGUUUCAAACCGUGAACCUUCUGGGAUGCAUGUCUUCUAAAAGUUAAAGCAGGGCUUAGCUCAACCAUUAGUGGGGAUGUUCACAUAUGAUUCUGGAACAGGGUCCGCAUGUGGCACAUGCUCUGUAUGUUCUAAAGAGGCUGUGUCUAUAAGCUAAAAGUCAGACUGUGUACUGUACAACCCCGUUCACCUGGCACUUGACAGCAUUUAAACUUCAUUUUCUAUGUCGUCUUUGCUCUUUCUUUCUGUUCAACCAAUAAGCUAGUCCACAGAGCCUGCUGAGGGCUAAGCCCUAUAUGGCCUGACGAUGUCACAGUGUAUAUACAUGUAUGUAUAAACAUGUGUGUGUGUGUGUGUGUGUGUAUUUCCUUCACUGUCUCCGCUAAGUUUUAGUCACGGUAAAGAAAACUGGCCCUUAUUUGGCCCCAACCAUCCCCGCUCCCCCAGCCCGUAAAAACAUACAUGAUGCCGCAAUACUAAUUAGACUGUGCCCCCUCUAACACUAAAUGGUGCAGUGUGGAGCCUCAGGGUUCAGAGUGUGCACACGUGGCUCCUUUUCUCCACCAGCAAUUGCGCUCCAGAGUCUCACCGUUUAUACUCCCACUUCCUGUUGAAAUCUUUGCAGUUUUCUCCUCUACAUCAUGUCAGCUGCUUGCAUGAAUUUUGGAAAUUUUGUUUUGUUUGUGUUUUGUUAAACGUUAUCUCCCAAUGUCACAUUGGCAGUAAUGGAGAGAAUAAUAGCUGGCAACUAUUUUAUUCAUUUUUAAUGAUCUUUGUUUUUGUUUUCAGCGUUGAAUUGCGAUAUUUAUAUUUUUUUUUAAUAUAAAAUGUUUUUCAUUAUUGUUGUGAUGCCAGUGGGUAACAAAUGCAGGGAUUUUUAUGUCUAUUGAAAAAAAAAACACUAUUACAAUUCAAUGUCUUUACAUUAAUGGAGUUUGAUCUGUAUAAAGUGCAUACUAAUGUUAAAUAGGAAAAAAGAAUAUAUAACAUUUUACACUACAGGUCUCAUCGUAGCUCUUAGAGGAUUUUUAAAAGAAAAAAAAAAAAAAAAAAUCAGUGGUUCUUCCAGAUUGCCAUUUUGCUCUCAGUUGGCGUGGAUGUUUGCUGUUGUCAGUUACAAAGAUAAAUGUAUGCCAUAUAAUUUAUUUAUAUGAAAAUUUAUUUUUGUAGUGUACAUAGUAGUUGUCAAGGUAUUUCACAGAAGUAUAUUUUUAAAGAGUUUAUAUGUAAUGAUAUACCAUACCAGGAAAAAAGAAAAGGUGCACACUUUCAUUGCUAACUGUCUCGUAUGACAACAUGAACACCUCCCCGUUCAGUAUUAUGUUUCCAUCUUUGGAGAGAGAAGUCAGGCACCUGUUGCUAUGGUUUUCUCUAACGCUAACCAUCAAGGUAGACAAUUGUACUAGCUCUCUAAAUAUUAAUGUUCAAACACUGAUAGAAUUCUAACUAAUAAAAAAAUAUAUAACUUAUUUGUCUCUUUGUUCAUAACUUUAAUAAAUGAAAUCUUUAAAGGA